AUGGAGCAUGGUCCAAGAGAAUAUCUUUCGUUUAAGGAUAUCGGAAUUGACUUUUGUGCACGUACAAGUUCUCACGGAAUUCCUUUUGUUGGGACACAUUCAUUCUUUGGACGUCCUUUUUGGGCAACAGUUACAGCAAUUGCUUUUUGUUCUUUCAUUAUUCAGACAUAUUACACACUUUCAGAUUAUUUAGAAUUUAGAACUAUAAUAGAAAUGCAAUUAAAAUUUGAACCAGGUAAAUUUAUAAAUGUAAAAAUAUUUUUAAAUAAACACAAAUACAUUGACGUUAAUUUAAUAAUAUUUAUCCACCAUAUCCCAUUUAAUACAUUAAUAUAUUUUUUAUCUCCUUAG